CUCUCGGUCUCCCUGGCCUGCAGAUGGCAGGGCUGCGCCGUGGAGCGGCCCUGUUCGCCCCUCGCCCCGCCUUUUGCGCUUGAAAAAGUGCUGAGGAACCUUUUCCGGGAGAAGAUGCUGGUUCUUCCUGUGUCCGUGCCAGCCAGGAAAAGAAGAAGGAAUGCCAGUAAAGAGGACAACCAACAUUCCCCACAGUCCAAAAGAAAUAAAAGAAACUCUGUCUUUCAGGAUUCUCAGGAUAUAAAGCCUUCAAGCAGCAGUAAUGAAAGGAGCAGCAGCAGUGUUAACAGCCCAGAGAGAGCAAGUGGACCAGAAAGCAACGUAAACCAGAUCGUUACUGAACCCAACGGGAAUAACCCUCAGUUCUGGUACGAGGAGUAUGCACUGUGCCAAGGUCCUUACUCCCGCAUCAACCAGAUCUUGAAGGAGGCUCACUUCAAUAGCCUACAACAGCGAGGACAAUCUCCAGCGUAAUGAACUAGGAGCUCCUUAUUCCAACCUACAAUUUGUUUAUAAAAGCAAGUGCAUACACGCAAAAGUC